AUGGAGAAGGGGAAGGCCCCAGCGGAGGCAGCGGAGUCGGCGGCGGCGUGUGCGGCGCGGCUGGCGCGUGAGUGGAGCACUUGGGCGAUGAAGAACGCGAAGGUGGUCGCGCACUACGGCUUCAUCCCCCUCGUCAUCCUCGUCGGCAUGAGGUCCGAGCCCAAGCCCAGCCUCGCGCAGCUCCUCUCCCCCGUGUAG